UGCAUUUUUCGUGCAGUGCUCGGAUCAACCGCGGUGGUGCCGCGGUAACGAAACUCGCCCGUCUUUCGCCGAAUUUGAGCCGACGGAGGACUUGGCCGACCUGCCGAGGACCUCAAACUGACCAAGGACCAUCGCCGCGUCCCCAAGAAAGUGUGAUGCCGUGAGACAGGACACGCGAGGUCAGCUUCAGAAUGGGCACCGUGGUGUCUCUGCCGGAGACGGCCCGCAAAGUGCUGCUCUGUUCUGAAGCCCCGAUGCCGCCCAACGGCCCCCAGGAGGGCUUCGCGGGGGCCACCAACCGCUUCAUGCAAGCAUUCAGCCCGGCCCGCGCGAAGAGACAAGGGGGCGCGUGCGCGGCCGAGGGGCCUCCGACGGUGACGUCACCAAGGCAACAACAAGCGGCGGGCUGGCUCAGUAGCGGCGUGUCUCCCCAGCAGAGCACGCAGGGUGCGUGUAACCCUGACAACAACAUGCAGGACUCAUCUGAGGACGCCCAAGUGGCGAGUCCACCUGGCACUUUGACCGGCUCCAAGGAUGACUCCUCUUUACCUUCGCACUUGCAGCAGUCGCAAGACCAAUGCAAUGCACCCGCCACAGGUCCGCACAGAAAUGGACAAUUAUCCAAGCAAGGCUCGCUGACGAUCGUGCGACGGAGCAGCGGAAAAGCGCCGCGCCACCAGGCCUCCGUAAGUUCGCCGCCUCCCGUUUCCACCACGCCACCCCCUUUUACCGCCCCCGACAGCCCUGGCAUUCACGAGGAGGCCGCCCUGGAGGCGGUCGACCUCGCCGCCGACAAUUUACCUUCCGUGGAUACGCCCGACGCCUGCGACAAGGCUGCCCUCAGACUGCGGUGCCUGCUGAAGCAGCUGCACCGCGGCGAGGUGCCUGUCGACCUGCUCAGACGCAACUUGCAAUACGCCGCGCGCGUAUUGGAAGCCGUCUAUAUCGACGAGACAAAGGCGGAGACAGGUGGCUGCCCUGGCAGGACGGGCGAGGACGAGGGCGGCAAACGCACAGGGCGGGCCCUCCUGAGGCAGCAGUCGUCGCCGCCGGCGCCGCUGGACCACCGCCACCCCGCCGCCGCACCCGCACAAGUCAGCACCCCGCAGGGGGGUCUGCGACGGAGGCGCCUCCGAGCUCCCGUGUGGGCCAGGCGGCUGGCGGACGAGGACGACGAGCUGAGCGAGGUGCAGCCGGACGCGGUGCCGCACGAGGUGCGCGAGUGGCUCGCGUCCACGUUCACGAGGCAGCUGGCGUCGCAGCGGCGCCGCGCCGACGAGAAGCCCAAGUUCCGCUCGGUGGCGCACGCCAUCCGCGCCGGCAUCUUCGUCGACCGCAUCUACCGACGCAUGUCCUCGGCGCCGCUCAUGCAGUUCCCGCCCGAGGUCGCCAGGGCACUCAAGACGCUGGACGACUGGACGUUUGACGUUUUCGCCCUGAGCGAGGCAGCCAACGGCCAACCUGUCAAGUACCUGGGCUACGACCUGCUCAACCGCUACGGAAUUAUCCACAAAUUCAAGGUGCAGCCACAAACUCUAGAGAACUUCCUGUGCCGGGUGGAGGAAGGCUACUGUAAAUACAAGAACCCGUACCACAAUAACUUGCAUGCAGCUGACGUAGCACAAACUGUACAUUACAUGCUCUGCCAAACAGGACUGAUGAAUUGGCUGUCGGACUUGGAGAUUUUCGCGACACUGGUGGCGGCCGUGGUGCACGACCUCGAGCACACCGGCACCACCAACAACUUCCACGUGAUGGCCCAGUCGGACACGGCCCUGCUCUACAACGACCGCGCCGUCCUCGAGAACCAUCACGCCAGCGCCACCUUCAGAAUAUUGAAGGAGGAAGAGAACAACAUUCUGUCCCACUUGUCUCGCGAAGAGUAUCGCGAGUUCAGAACUCUGGUGAUUGACAUGGUGCUCGCCACAGACAUGAGUUUCCACUUCCAACAGCUCAAAAACAUGCGCAACCUGCUCACUUUAGCAGAGCCCAGUAUAGACAAGUCGAAAGCGUUGUCGUUGGUGCUGCAUUGCUGCGACAUUUCUCACCCUGCCAAGCGGUGGACCGAGCAUCACCAAUGGACUUCGCUGCUGCUCGAAGAGUUCUUCCUGCAGGGCGACAAAGAGUCGGAACUGGGUCUGCCUUUCAGCCCGUUGUGCGACCGCAACAACACCCUCGUCGCCGAGAGCCAAAUCGGCUUCAUCGAGUUCAUUGUCGAACCCAGCAUGGGCGUGUGUAGCGACAUGCUCGACUACAUUUUGGCGCCGCUCAACGCCUCCUCCGCCGGCUCCACGCAACCCAGCACCACAAGCAUAAUUGAAGAAGGCGAAGAAAACAGCAGUGCAAGUUCAACAGCACAGUCGCCAGCACCUUUUGUUCUUAAAAAACCGUGGGUUUCUUGCCUCAGUGAAAACAAAAGGUCUUGGAAGGACCAAGCAGUGAAAGACGCAGACGCAAGAGCGCUUCAGAAAAAAUUGGAAGAGGAGGCGGCGGCUGCGGCGGCUGAGGUCAAAGAGCCCACCGAGUGCCCUGAAGUUCAAAACGAGGAGUAAAAAUAAUGAGCAGUGUGACCAAAACCGUUUGUUUUUUUUCUCUGACAAAUGGCGUUUCGAUUUGGCGCCAAAGGUUUUGUACGAGUCGAGGCUUCUUCAUCAAACACCAAUAAGUGAACGCUGAACGUGUGUGCUCUGGUUUUUCGCCAAACAAGAAAAUGUUUCUGUUGAAAACGUAAAAGAAAGAACUCGUGUAUUUAAAAUGUUGACGAUCGUGACUCGGGCAAUAAACACUCGAUGUCUGGAAGCACUGCAUGCACCCUUUGAAACUACUGCACCCUUUCAAUUCUAUCUCCGCCGUAUUUAUUAAUAUUAAAAAAACUCUACUUAACAAACGACAAGCUUAUAUAUUUAUAAAAAGUAUCAAUUCCAUUCGGCCAGAGGGCAAUGUUCCAAAAGCGACCCGGAGCGUAAUUUAUUUGUAAACUAAAAUCUAUAGAAAUAACAAAACGAUUGUGAUCUACUUUACAUAUAUCUUACAAAAGUUCAUUGGAAAAUUGAUCACGGAAAGUUGCUUCUUAUUAUUAUUUUUGGUGUUUUGUCAUUGAUGGGGUUGGUGGGUCGGCGCCGAGUGGCGAAUGGAAUUUGCAUAUGAGACUGAUAUGCCUCGUUUGUACUUCAAUCUCUCUCCUUCUGUUGCUGUGGUUCUCGUUUUGUACAGUGUGUGAAGAAGAAAGUCUGGUUCAUUCGAGAGCUGCGUGACUGUUCAGGGCGUGCAAAUUUUAAUGGUUAAAAAAUAAAAAUAAAAUACACAACCAGAAGGAAAGACACUCACUUUUCUCUCUUUAUCUGCGUGUGUUGAUUUGGUAAUUUAUUGUGUUCUCUGUAUAAUUUUAAUUUUAGUGACACAUACUUGGAUGUUGCGGGUAUAUAAUACAAAAAAAAAAUAUGUACGAAAGCGAUUCACCAAUAAUUUUGGUGGGUGGUUUUGCGAGCGCGCGUUUAAUUUUAAAAGUGUUGCGUGAAUUCAUGAAAAUAAGCAUGAAAUAAAUGCGUAAUAAAUUAAAUCCUCUCGCUUAUUUUGCUAAAACUCUCACACACGUUUCCACUUGAUAAACCAAGAGAGCCGUAAGCAGCACAAAACUAGACUAUCGAUGUUCAUAUGUAAAAAAUAUAAUAUAUACAUAAAUAUUCGCUUGAAAAUGUAUUCGGAAUGCACUUUGUAUCUCUCUGAAAAAUCUCACUACUGCGGCAGCUGGUUUGCUGCACAAUUUAAGUCCACCAAGAAUUUAUCGUAGCGAUUAGAAAUUAAUAACAAACACUCAAAUGGAACUCGUUACACUUGCAAAUUAACGUAGGAUUUACUAAAUCGAUUUGCACACAUUUUCACUUGCAAAUUCAGCUUCUGGCAUUUUACUACUACUAUAGAGUGUGUUUUAAAGAAAGGGACCAUGAGAGACUCACUUAUUGUCAUGAUGGAAAAAGCUGGCUUUUCUCUACUUAAUUGUUUUGAAAUUUUUCAGUUCGUUCACAAAAAUGAUGCAUUUCGAUAUUGAUUGCGGCUCACCUGCAUUAAUUGCACCUCUCUGAUAUAAUAUUAAGCCAUUUCAAGCGAGGGAUCAAACCCCUGAUGCGGCGAGCCAAAAUAGUAGUUUUUGGCUCACACACAUCUUGUCAAAUAUAUAUUCACAAAACGGUUGUGUGGAUUUGAAAAUAGUCGAAAAUAUUUACAAAAUAAAAAAAUAGCCGUGUGUGAAAGUGAGUGGAACUAAUUUUCUUUUGCUUUGAAUCAGGCUCAUCAAACUGGCUGGCUUAGCUGAAAUUAUAAUUACCCAUUCCUUCAGUGUUAAGUGGUGGAUCACAUAAUUAUUACUAACGCGACUGUUUCCUCUGGCAAAAUACUACGUUGGCAAUAAUGGUAAAUUUUUCACAAAAUUUUAAUCGCGGUUGUUGAAAUAUAUUCUCAACCCUUCUCUUGCCAGUGCUACCUGUGAAUCGGUGUCAACCCUGCCUGAAAUGUUGACCCUUUCCAUCUCCUCUCGUUCUCGAUAAGGAAUGAAAAAUUGUUGAUAGAAAUCUCCUUGAGCAAAAAAGUAUUCAAAUAAUAUCCCUCUCUAUGAUUAUUACGCUUAAAACUGCUGUCUAGUAGGACAAGAUCAAACAUUGCCAAGCUUUAAACACAUUUCUACAAUUUCAUGAAAGGAACGGACGACAU